AUGAGACCAGACUUUCCAGCACCCCCCAUGACCGUCGCAAAGACGACAAUCGAGAAAACUCCUCGUGGUCUGCGUUUUACGCUUCAUAAUGUCAAGCCGACGGACGCGGUUCUUCGAGAAGUACCAGCCAAAGAAGCCUUUUCCAAUUUGCUGGGAACUCCGCUGGAAGCGUCCAACUUCGACGAUGAUGAUGAUGCUGAACAGCAAAAGCUACUUUCGGGAACCGAAUCUCAGCCCUUGAUCAUGUCAGCCCUCCGGGCAUGGGCGAACCAUCGUCCGUUGGUGAUCAGCCCGGAUGCCGUCUUUUUGACAAUUGUGCAAGGACUGGCGCACCAUGUCCACCUGGAUCCCGACAAGUUUCGUGACAAACUGGUGGAUCACAAGGGAAAGAGAGACCUUUGUGUGGUCACGGGCAGCAACCCUGUCUGGCCGGAAAUCUUUGAGGCAUUUUGCACGCAGUUGUCACAGCAUCAAAAAGGAGACAAGAUGGCAGAGUGGGCGCAACCCCAGUUUUCUACUACUGGUCCUCUCGAACGGGCUGCCUUUCAGGUGGCGUUUAUGGAUAUCAUGAAGCCAUAUCACAAUUUUGUGGUCAUGUGCGUUUGUGGUAUCCCUUCUAUUGAGUUGACGGGGACGCCGGAAGACUGGCGUGACCUCGAGAGCCGCUUGGCGAUGCUGGACCAAUUCGAAAUGGAUUGGUGGACGGCGUCUUUGAAACCGCUUUGUCGCAAGUUUGUGGAGGCCAGUGAGGGCCACGUGGACUUGGCGCAUUGGUCGGCAAUCAUCAAACAUGGUCACACCUAUGGCACUGAUCUGGUGGAUGGAUGGCUUUGCCAGUUUGUGCCUUAUGUGUUGGACUAUGUAACCAAAGAACCCAACCGACGCAACCCUCUCCUAGACUCUAGUAAAGAGUCGAAUGGCAUCGCUCCCGAGGCUCUGCCCAAGGGAGUUUCAAUGGUUCCAUUUCGCCUUGAAAACACGGUCAGUGGCUCAGUCUCUUCAAAGGAGUUUAUUGCUGGUCUUGCUGGAAUCCGUUGUAACAAAGAAGGAGCUUUGGAAGCCUGUAUGGGUUGGGCCCUGCGUCCUCGUCCUGGCUUGACAAUGGCGUUGGAUGUCUUGGAAGAACGGGGGCUCUUGGAGAAGGAAAAUGUCGCAACACAAAAACGUCCGGGAUUUGAUUCCAUACCGUCGGAGGUCAUUGAGUUACAAGAUCGCUGCAGUGGUGGGGCGCGUCUCUGCACCAAGUCUGGUCGGCUCUGUGGUCGCAUCUUUGCCAAGGAGCAACAACCUUUGACUAGGUAUGUCCAAGGCAAAGACGGAAAGGCAUCGUUUCAAACCAUGCCUGCACAGGAUUGGGUCAGUUACAAGACUGUGCAGGCACUCCCUCCCAAGCUGCAACAGCUAGAUCACUCCUUUUCCUACUCUGGCUGGCGAGGGCUUGGUGAAAUUGAUGGGAAGCUCUUUGGGGUCAAGAUCAAGCAUGGCUUUGGACCUCCAAACAACACAGUCUUCUUCUUUUCUGCACGCGAUGGCACUGAUCACUUUUCCUACGAGGAGGUCCGAGAGAAGGACCUUGGAACGGUUAUGAUGGAGGUUCUUAGUCGCCAGUAA